GGUAAUCCUCCUGCCUUACUCAGGAGAUCCUCUUUAAAUGGGCCUCUCUGCCCUCUCCCCCAGGUGCUGGGAGUCCUUUCCUCCAGGAGAAUGUACCACAGGCGCAUCUGCCCUCCAGGCCGCCCGGUGCCCUGCUCUCCAUGAGCUAUGUCAGAGAUGGUGGUGGCCAGCGGGCCCCCCUUCUGCCACCCAGAGGAGCAGUGUACACUCAGGGUGAUGGCGCUGGGGUCCACCAUCUUUGCUACCUCCCAGACAGCUCAGAUUCAGAUGUGGAGGAAGUGACCAUGGAGGACAUCCCGAUCAUCCCCCCGCCUCCCAAGACACAUCUGGCAACCCGGUGCAGGGGCUGGUUAGCCUCCCCAGGACCUGGGAUCAGCGAAGAGGAAGAGGUUGAAUCCAAGGAUGCUGCCUUUGAACCCAAGGCACCCAGUCCUGCCCCGGCCUCGACAGUGAGCUCUGGUAGGGUUCAGGGACACUUGGCAUCCUGUGAGGAGGAAGAAAACACAGCACAAAAGGAUAUAGAAACAAGGAGACCAGCCUCUGGCCUCGGGGAUGAAGACCUGGAGAAGAAAGAGGCCUCAGAGUCUGCAGGGACGGACAGCGCCCCAGUGCCGUCCAAGGUCUUGCAGGACAAUAAGGACCCAAGCAACCAGAAUCCUUGUAACUGGACCCGCCCCGCGGCCCGGCCCCCGGGCCCUCGGCUGGGGGAGGACGUGGAGGCCUAUGUGCUGCUCCCCGCGGCCCGGGACCACGUGGUGCAGUGCCGCAUCAUCCGGAACAAGCAUGGCAUGGACAAGGGCUUCUUCCCGUCCUACUACCUCUACCAGGAGGCCGAGGACGGUGUGGCGCAUUUCCUUCUGGCUGGGCGGAAAAGGAAAAUAUGCAAAACCUCAAAUUAUCUCAUCUCUCUGGAUCCCAAAGAUAUGUCUCGCAACGGGAACAACUUUGUGGGCAAAGUUAGAUCCAAUAUCUUGGGCACAAAAUUUACCAUCUUUGAUAAUGGGGUGAACCCUGAGAGGAACUACUGGAUCCCAGACAGUACCCGGAUCAGAGAGAAGCUGGGAGUCGUGUGUUAUGAAAGCAAUGUCUUGGGGUUCCGGGGACCUCGGAAAAUGACUGUGAUACUUCCAGGAAUGGACAGGCGCAAGCAGAGGAUGAGAGUCCAGCCACAAAAUGAUCAGGAUUCGAUAUUGAGUCGUCUACCAAAGGGUGCAAGACAAGGGCCGCUCCUUCUGCAGAACAAGGCCCCAUCCUGGAGCGACGAGAGCGGCGGCUACGUGCUCAAUUUUCACGGUCGCGUCACUCGGGCUUCGGUCAAGAACUUCCAGAUUGUGCACCCCGAUCUACCGGACUACCUGGUGCUCCAGUUCGGCCGCGUGGCCCCAAACAUAUUCACUAUGGAUUUCCAGUAUCCUCUUUGCCCGCUCCAAGCUUUCGCCAUCUGCUUAUCCAGUUUCGAUGGGAAACUGGCGUGUAACUGAAUAAAAUUAUCAUCCCUCACUAGCUGUCCUGUGCGUUUGCGGGAAGCUUCACACCAUGCCUCCUUUCUCGUUUAGUUUUUUGAUAGUCUGGUCUCCAACUACGCAGCUGACCCUGGCCUUGAACACCUCAUCCUCCUGCUUCCACCUCCGGAGUACUGGGAUAGCAAGCAUGCCCCUUUGUGCUGGGCCUUGUCUUCUAAUAAAUCCUCUAUUUUUAGUGCA